CCUCCCACUCUAAACACCCACCACUGUGUAGAAAUCACGGGACUACCAUUCCCAAAGGGCUUUGCGCUUGAGCGGACUACAAGUCCCCGCGGGCGCUGAGAGCAGGUUGAGGUAAAAAUCCUCCUUCCAGGCUUCUCCUCCGCAUCCUUCUAGUGCAGCCCCACAGCUUCCGCCGCUUUCCUGGAGGACCAAAAGAUGUUGGAGCCAUUGAAGCUGAAUACAGGUGCAGGGCUGUGGCAUGACCUGGGCAUGGUGGAACUGAGAACAAGGAGACACCGCAGAGGGUUCCUGCUCUGUGAGAUCUGUGAGCCCUGGUUGGUCUGUCCCUGGAGGAUCCAGCACUGUGGAUUGUCACCAGAAGGAAAUGUUAUGGAAGUUCUGUAAUAGUGCAAUGUGCUUGGCACACAACAUGUUCGGAACAUGUUAAUUCUAGCAAAUCCAGAUCUAUUCUUCUGUGUGAGUUUUUCUGCAAAGAGAAAGAGUAGGGCCACAAGAAUAGGUAGAACAGAGGGCAGGUACCUAGGUAGGAUUUGGAAGAAUUCCAACUGAGAAGAUGAGGAAGAUGUGACCAUGGUUGAAAACAUAUCUAUGCUCUGGAAAGGAAAUUUCCUUGCAGCGUGGGCCUUUGUGCUUUGUCCUACUGGGCCAGUUCUCCUGUGACUUAGAGUGUACCAGACACACCUGUCCCUGUAUUCAGGAAGGGGGUAGAGCUUCUGUGUCACUUGCCCAGAGCUGCCACAUCAUGCAGAGAAGCCUGUGUACCCUGCUGACCUGAAUGCAAUGAUCAAAGGUAGAGGGGCAUGAAAGUUUGUUUCUGAGCCCCACACGGAUUUGUACUCUGUCUUGUUUUUUUUUUUUUUUUCUCACUGUGACUCAGCACCAGUGUUUUUCCCACUUGCAUUUUUACACAAAAACCCACUUUCCUACACAAGCCAAUGGAAUGUCCUGUGGCGGUGCUCUGGCUGAGGGGCAGUGGGUGGUGGAUUUUUGAUUAGGAGCAGCACAGGAGGUCCAGUACUACAACACAUGGAUUCAGCAAUGUUUGGGAAAAGUUGGUGUUGCAGUCUGCGGGGCUGGACUGGACAGUGACAGGUGCUGACCGUGAGGCUGAACCCAGACUUCUCCCCUCUACUCUUUACCACUAGAUGAGGUCGUGGGCUGUGCUAUGCAUCACGGCAUUACCAAUAAUGACCACCUGGUCAAGGUAUAGGGGAAAGAGAAAAGCCUGUUAUGUCCUGAGUCAAUCAGCUUGCUGACUGAGGUGCAUCAAAUCAAAUAGGGAUGGUGCACUGAGGAACCACUGCCUAGGAGAGUGAGGAGCACUCUGGUUCUCGUCCACUGGUGCAGUGCAUGCUUCAUGUGCUGCUUAGAUGUGGGGAGAAACAGCUCCAAAACACCAUCCGAGGAGUCCAGGAGCUGCAUGUGUGACCAGAGACAGGGCCCCUGAGCACCAUCUCUUACCCACACUGAGGAUGCAUGACUAUUGUCCCCUGCCUGGAAACUCUUCCCCAACCCCCUGUUGUGCCCUAAAAGUCUCUUUGCUCCACCCACUCAUGUCCCCUUCUCUAGCUGGAGCAGGUGCUGUCACACAGCCUCAAUAGGCCCUGAUGAAUUUUGCAUUAUGGUUUUUGUAAAUUAUUUUCAAGUUGACCGGACUUCUCAGAGGAAUCUUCAGAUGAGGGUGUGAAACAGUAGCUUGAAAGAAAGGCACACGCUACUCCAUGGAAGGUCCAGUUAAAUGUCAGUUGAAGUAAGGAGUCAAGAAUCUUACAUCUUUCCAAGGAAAAAGUCACUUGUAUCACAGGGAAAUACAAGUGGAACUGCUGUGGCUCUGCUGCACAAGCCCUCUCAUCUUAUACGGAGAAGAAGCCUGGAAUCUCAUGAAUGAGGACUGCUUAAUGCUGAGAUUUUUCAGGCAUCUCUAGCCUGGAAACAGGUCUUGGUUUCUGUCCUCCAGGGUGAUGAAGUCAAGGUUCCCUGUAUGUGAGUGUGCUUGUGUGCUUCACUUGGAGAAGAGGCUCAUUGUGACCUGUUUGUCUGUGGCCUUGUCAGAAAGGCUGGAAAGCAGCUGAAACUUCUGGAGUUGGCUUUGAGCAUCCUUAGACACAAAUUGAACAGGAAAAUUCUCCAUGGCACCUGCAUAACCGUCUUAGUGCAGUGUGACAAACCAUCACACAGUGUAAGAGUCCUGCUGGUUUGGUCUGUCAGGUCCCUGACCUCUACCUGCUUUUGAUUGUGCUUGGAGCAGUGAUCCAUCAUGACCUAAUGCUGAAACCCACAUAACCAGACUGUCUAGUUCCAUGGAACUCUCUUCUCAGGACCCUCCUCAUCCUGUGUGUCAACAGGAAGAGGCAUGAGGGGCAAGAGCCUGUGGAACUCUUCUGACCUGGUCCCUCUCUGCACCCUCUGGUUGCACAAUGAGCAGAGAGGUUGUCUCACAACACAGGACAAAGGGCAGUCUUAGCUGCUUUAUAAAAGGACAGCUGGUCUGUUCUAAUAUGCAGGGAGUGGUAGAGUGUGCUUCUGGCUGAUUAGAGUGGUAAAAGUUCCAUUGAGGCAGUGGAACCUAGUGGUCACAAAGGCAGGCAGCCAUGGGGUUGCUGACUGGGGACGCACUGUUCUCUGUGGCCGUGGCGGUGGCCUUCUUCCUGCUCCUGGUGGACCUGAUGCACCGGCGCCAACGCUGGGCUGCUCGCUACCCGCCAGGCCCUGUGCCUGUGCCCGGGCUGGGCAACCUACUGCAGGUGGACUUCAAGGACAUGGCUUACUCAUGCUACAAGCUGCGACAUCGGUUUGGGGAUGUGUUCAGCCUGCAGUUUGCCUGGACUCCAGUGGUUGUGGUCAAUGGGCUGGCGGCUGUGCGGGAGGCUCUGGUGAGCCACGGCGAGGACACCUCAGAUCGGCCGCGAACACCCACCAGUGAAAUAAUUGGCUUUGGUCCAAAAGCCAAAGGGGUUGUUAGGGCACCCUAUGGGCCCGCCUGGCGUGAGCAGCGACGCUUUUGUGUGUCCACCAUGCGCAACUUCGGCCUGGGGAAGAAGUCUCUGGAGCAGUGGGCGAUCGAGGAGGCCACCUAUUUAUGUGAUGGUUUUGCCAGCCAUGAUGGACGGCCCUUUCACCCCUACGGGCUGCUGAGCAAAGCUGUGUGCAACGUGAUUGCCUCCCUCAUCUACGCGCGCCACUUUGAGUAUGAUGACCCGAACUUUGUCAGGUUGCUGAAAUCCCUGGAGGACUUCAUGGUGGAUGACAGUGCCUUCAUGCUUCAGGUAUUGAACUCAAUGCCACUGCUCCUGCGCAUCCCAUGGGUGGCUGCCAAAGUCCUACCCGCACAGAGAUCCAUCAUAGCCUUGAAUGAUGAACUGUUGGCUGAGCACAACACAGGCUGGGAUCCAGACCAGACUCCCCGAGAUUUGACUGAUGUUUUCCUGAACGAGGUGCUUAAGGCCAAGGGCAACUCUGAGAGCACCUUCAAUGAACAGAAUCUUCGUCAAAUUGGAUUUGAGCUGUUUACUGCAGGGAUGGUGACCACAUCUGUCACAUUGUCCUGGGCUCUGUUCCUCAUGAUCCUGCACCCGGAUGUGCAGCGCCGUGUGCAACAGGAGAUCGAUGAAGUGAUGGGUCAGGAACGAUUCCCAGAGAUGGCAGACCAGGCCCGUAUGCCCUUCACCAAUGCCGUGAUUCAUGAGGUGCAGCGCUUUGCAGACAUCACACCAGUGGCUGUUCCUCACAUGACAUCUCGUGACACUGAGGUGCAAGGCUUCCUUAUACCCAAGGGGACGGUGCUCCUUGCCAACCUGUCAUCAGUGCUGAAGGAUGAGACUGUCUGGGAGAAGCCCUUGCACUUCUACCCUGGACAUUUCCUGGACUCUGAGGGCCGCUUUGUGAAACGUGAGGCCUUCAUGCCAUUCUCCGCAGGCCCCCGCAUAUGCCUCGGGGAGCCCCUGGCCCGCAUGGAGCUCUUCCUGUUCUUCACCUGCCUGCUGCAGCGCUUCAGCUUCUCAUUGCCAGAAGGGCAGCCCCGGCCCAGUGAGCGUGGUGUGAUUUCCUUCAUAGUGUCUCCACCCCCCUACCAGCUGUGUGCUGUGGCCCGCUAGAAGAGGUGCUGUGUUCCCUUCCUGUACCCAAGAUGGGAUGUACAGUAAACCAGUCUUGUGACUGUCA